GACCCGGGGAGAGUAGGCGGCGUGCGCCUCUGCAUUCUCUUUCCGCAGAGGUACCACUUGCGUGUUACCGAAAUAUCAGAGCCGGUCCCGCAGCCAGAAUAUUCUCUCCACCGGCAUCUGUACACGCCCCUCUGGCCGCUGAGAGAACCGGGGCAUCCUCGCCCCAAGCGUUUCGGGGUCCUGCUCUGCGGCGCGCGUCCGGGCUCCGCGCUUUGGUGGCGGGGCAGGCCCGUGGAGAAAAAACCAGCUCCGAGUUCUGGGCACUGCGCCCGGCGCGAGGUGCAGGAUGAAGAGCAAGGCGCUGUUGGCCAUCGUGCUGUGGCUGUGCAUGGAGACCCGGGCUGUCUCCCGGGCUGUCUCCCUGGGGUUGCCCAGUGUUUCUCCUGAUUCACCCAAGCUCAGCAUACAAAAAGACAUACUUACAAUUAUGGCUAAUACAACUCUUCAAAUUACUUGCAGGGGACAGAGGGAUUUGGAGUGGCUCUGGCCCAGCAAUCAGAGUGGCUCUGAGAAAAGGGUGGAGGUUACUGAGUGCAGUGAUGACAUCUUCUGUAAGACACUCACAAUCCCAAAAGUGAUCGGAAAUGAUACUGGAGCCUACAAGUGCUUCUACCGUGACACUGACACGUCCUCGGUUGUGUAUGUCUACGUUCAAGAUUACAGAUCUCCAUUUAUUGCUUCUGUUAGUGACCAACAUGGAGUUGUGUACCUCAAGGAGAACAAAAACAAAACUGUGGUGAUUCCAUGUCUUGGUUCCAUUUCAAACCUCAAUGUAUCACUUUGUGCUAGGUAUCCAGAAAAGAGGUUUGUUCCUGAUGGUAACAGAAUUUUCUGGGACAGCAAGAAAGGUUUUACUAUUCCAAGCUACAUGAUCAGCUAUGCUGGCAUGGUCUUCUGUGAAGCAAAAAUUAAUGAUGAAAGUUACCAGUCUCUUAUGUACAUAAUUGUGAUUGUAGGGUACAAGAUUUAUGACGUGGUUCUGAGCCCCCCUCACGGAGUAGAGCUGUCUGUUGGAGAGAAGCUUGUCCUAAAUUGUACAGCCAGGACUGAACUAAAUGUGGGGAUUGACUUCAACUGGGAAUAUCCUUCUUUGAAGCAUCAGCACAAGAAAGUUGUAAUCCGGGACCUAAAAACCGAGUCUGGGAGUGACAUGAAGAAAUUUUUGAGCACCUUAACAGUAGAUGGUAUAACCCGCAGUGAUCAAGGAUGGUACAACUGUGCAGCAUCCAGUGGGCUGAUGACCAAGAGGAACAGCACGUUUGUCAGGGUCCAUGAAAAACCGUUUGUUGCAUUUGAUAGCGGCAUGGAAUCUCUGGUGGAAACCACAGUGGGAGAACGUGUCAGAGUCCCUGUGAAGUAUCUUGGUUACCCACCCCCUGAAAUAAAAUGGUAUAAAAAUGGAAGACCCAUUGAAUCCAAUCACACAAUUAAAGUGGGGCAUGUACUGACGAUUAUGGAAGUGAGUGAAAAAGACACUGGAAAUUACACUGUCAUUCUUACCAAUCCCAUUUCAAAAGAGAAGCAGAGCCACAUGGUGUCUCUGGUUGUGAAUGUCCCGCCACAGAUUGGCGAGAAGUCUCUGCUGUCCCCCAUGGACUCCUACCAGUAUGGCACCACGCAGAUGCUGACGUGCACCAUCUAUGCCGUCCCUACCCCUCACCACAUCCACUGGUAUUGGCAGUUGGAGGAAGAGUGCACCUCCAGCCCCAUCCAAACUAUCUUAAAGACAAGCCCAUAUCCUUGUAAAGGAUGGAGAAACGUGGAAGACUUCCAGGGGGGAAAUAAAAUCGAAGUCACCAAAAAUCAAUUUGCCCUAAUUGAAGGAAAAAACAAAACUGUAAGUACCCUUGUAAUUCAAGCGGCAAAUGUGUCAGCUUUGUACAAAUGUGAAGCUGUCAACAAAGUCGGGAGAGGAGAGAGGGUUAUCUCCUUCCACGUGACCAGGGGUCCUGAAAUUACUUUGCAACCUGCCUCCCAGCCAACUGAGCAGGACAGCGUGUCUCUCUGGUGCACUGCAGACAGAACUAUGUUUGAGAACCUCUCGUGGUACAAGCUUGGCCCACAAGCUCUGUCAAUUCAUGCAGGAGAGUUGCCCAUGCCUGUUUGCAAGAACCUGGAUGCUCUUUGGAAAAUGGAUGCCACCAUGUUCUCUAAUAGCACAAGUGACAUUUUGAUCUUGGAGCUCCAGAAUGCAUCCUUGCAGGACCAAGGGGACUAUGUCUGCUUUGCUCAGGACAGGAAGACUAAGAGAAGACAUUGUGUGGUCAAGCAGCUCACUGUCCUAGAACGUAUAGCACCCAUGAUCACAGGGAACUUGGAGAAUCAGACGACAAAUAUUGGCGAAACCAUUGAAGUUUCCUGCACGGCAUCUGGGAACCCCCCUCCACAGAUUACCUGGUUUAAAGAUAAUGAGACACUUGUAGAGGACUCAGGCAUCGUACUGAAAGAUGGAAAUAGGAACCUAACCAUCCGCAGGGUGAGGAAGGAGGAUGAGGGUGUCUACACUUGCCAGGCCUGCAGUCUUCUUGGAUGUGUAAAAGCAGAGGUCUUUUUCUUAGUAGAAGGUGCCCAGGAAAAGACAAACUUGGAAGUCAUUAUUCUAGUAGGCACUGCGGUGAUUGCCAUGUUCUUCUGGCUUCUUCUUGUCAUCAUCCUACGGACUGUUAAACGGGCCAAUGGAGGAGAACUGAAGACAGGCUACUUGUCCAUUGUCAUGGAUCCAGAUGAACUCCCCUUGGACGAACACUGCGAACGCCUGCCUUACGAUGCCAACAAAUGGGAAUUCCCCAGAGACCGGCUGAAGCUAGGUAAGCCUCUUGGCCGCGGCGCCUUUGGCCAAGUGAUUGAAGCAGAUGCCUUUGGAAUCGACAAGACAGCAACUUGCAAGACAGUGGCCGUCAAAAUGUUGAAAGAAGGAGCAACACACAGUGAACACCGAGCCCUCAUGUCUGAACUCAAGAUCCUCAUUCAUAUUGGCCACCAUCUCAACGUGGUCAACCUUCUAGGUGCCUGCACCAAGCCAGGGGGGCCACUCAUGGUGAUAGUGGAAUUCUGCAAGUUUGGAAACCUGUCAACUUAUUUAAGGAGCAAGAGAAAUGAAUUUGUCCCCUACAAGACCAAGGGGACACGAUUCCGUCAAGGGAAAGACUAUGUUGGGGAGAUCCCUGUGGAUCUCAAACGCCGCUUGGACAGUAUCACCAGUAGCCAGAGUUCAGCCAGUUCUGGAUUUGUGGAGGAGAAAUCCCUCAGCGAUGUGGAGGAAGAGGAAGCUUCGGAAGAUCUCUACAAGAACUUCCUGACCUUGGAACAUCUCAUCUGUUACAGCUUCCAAGUGGCUAAGGGCAUGGAGUUUUUGGCAUCACGGAAGUGUAUCCACAGGGACCUGGCGGCACGAAAUAUCCUCUUGUCGGAGAAGAACGUGGUUAAAAUCUGUGACUUUGGCUUGGCUCGGGAUAUUUACAAAGAUCCAGAUUAUGUCAGAAAAGGGGAUGCACGCCUCCCUUUGAAAUGGAUGGCCCCCGAAACUAUUUUUGACAGAGUGUACACAAUUCAGAGUGACGUGUGGUCUUUUGGUGUUUUGCUCUGGGAAAUAUUUUCCUUAGGAGCUUCUCCAUAUCCUGGGGUGAAGAUUGAUGAGGAAUUUUGUAGAAGAUUGAAAGAAGGAACCAGAAUGAGGGCCCCUGAUUAUACCACACCAGAAAUGUAUCAGACCAUGCUUGACUGCUGGAAUGGGGAGCCCAAUCAGAGACCCACGUUUUCAGAACUGGUGGAACAUUUGGGAAAUCUGUUGCAAGCUAAUGCCCAGCAGGACGGCAAAGACUACAUUGUUCUUCCCAUGUCAGAGACUUUGAGCAUGGAAGAGGAUUCUGGACUCUCCUUGCCUACCUCACCUGUUUCCUGUAUGGAGGAAGAGGAAGUGUGUGACCCCAGAUUCCAUUAUGACAACACAGCAGGAAUCAGUCAGUAUCUGCAGAACAGUAAGCGAAAGAGCCGGCCUGUGAGUGUAAAAACAUUUGAAGAUAUCCCAUUGGAAGAACCAGAAGUAAAAGUAAUCCCAGAUGACAAUCAGACGGACAGUGGUAUGGUUCUUGCAUCAGAAGAGCUGAAAACAUUGGAAGACAGUACCAAAUUAGUUCCAUCUUUUAGUGGGCUGAUGCCCAGCAAAAGCAAGGAGUCUGUGGCAUCUGAAGGCUCGAACCAGACAAGCGGCUACCAGUCCGGCUAUCACUCCGAUGACACGGACACCACUGUGUACUCUAGUGAGGAGGCAGAACUUUUAAAGCUGGUGGAGAUUGGACCACAAGCCGGGGGUGCAGACCAGAUUCUCCAGCCUGACUCGGGGACCAUAUUGAGCAUUCCUCCUAUUUAAAAGGAGACACUCAUGCCCCCCACUACUGGAAAUCACAUGAGAGGUGCCGCUCAGAUUUUCAAGUGUUGUUCUUUCUACUGCCAGGAAAUGGCCACAUUUGAUUUUCAUUUCAAUAAGAGGACCUCAGACUGCAGGGAGCCAGCCCCCUAGGCAUUUCCUGAGAAGAUGCUUCUGACCUAAGAAUGUUUAUGUGUCUUCUCCCAGUGUUGACCUGUUCUCUUUUUCAUUCAUUAAAGAGCAUUUAUGAUGCCCCCUACUGUGGGUCUCAUGACAGGUUAUAAGAAAAGAAGUUCAAGAAAUGGCUCCAUCUUCAGAGAAGUAGCAGUCUAUCUGGGUAGUUGAAGUUGACACCUCUGUCAAACUAGAAGUAAACCAAGCAAUGUGGGUGCUUUAGGUCUUGAACAUGGGAAAGAUCAGACCUUUAUGGGCUGAGGCCCAUCUAAGAAGCUUUGUUUAGGAUUUGGGUCCUAAGCCAAGUCUUAAGUGUAGGGUUUGGAUUGAUAGUAAAGAAGAUGUUAGCUUGGCCUGAGAGAGUACUGGGCAUUGCGUUGACUCUGAUGGAGGUGGACAUGUGGUCUAGUGGGAAAUGUAAAGGCUUCAGACGCGGUUACUGGUUUUAGAAGCUUGCGUGCUCUUCCCUGUUGGGCUAAAUGAGAGUUCCUUGUGCUGUUUCCGACUCCUAAUGAGAGUUCCUUCCGGACCUUUACAUGUCUCUUGGCUGAGCCCCAGGAAGGAAAUGAAGCAGCUCUGGCUCCUUGUCUCCCAAGCUGAUCCUUUAUGCAGGACACCACAAAGAAAGGACAUUCAGACCAAGGCUCCCUGUUGCGUUGAAGAGUUCUGACUGCAAAAGCCAGCCUCUGGUUUCUUCUGGGUGGAUACCCACAUAUCUUUUGUGAUGUGAUCUGUCUGAGACUGAAUGCAGUAGGUUCAUUGUCAAGCUGUGGUGCAAAGCUGCAGGAAGGAUUUCACCCUUUGCUUCUCCUCUCCACCCCCACCCCCACCCCACCCCACCCCACCCCAUCAGUAUUUUAGUAUUUGGCAUCUACCCUCCAGUAAAAGAUGAUUCGGUUUUGUUAUUCUCUGAAUGAUUAUUAGCCAGAUUUCAAAAUUAUUUUAUAGCCAAAUUUCUAACAACAUCUAUUUUAUUAUUUAGACUUUUAACAUGUAAAGCUAUUUCUACUGUAUUUUGCCCUUGUUGUUUCCCUUUUAAAAAAGAAAAUGUAUUUUUUUUCCCUUUGGAACCAUAGUGUGAGAUGCUGGGAACCAUGACUAUAAAACAUGCUAUGACAUAUAUUUAUAGUCUGUUUAUGUAGAAACAAAUGUAAUAUAUUAAAACCUUAUAUUAUAUAUAAUGAACUUUGUACUGUUCACAUUUUGUAUCACUAUUAUGUAGCAUAAUGAAGGUCAUAUGCUUUCGGCAAUUAAUGUCAUUUUAUUAAAAAGACAUUGAAGAAACUUGAAGAAAUCCCUUUGCAAAGGUGGCGUAAACAUAUGUAUCAUUUUUCUCACUUCUGAAACAGGGUGGGAGAGGAUCAGACAUGAUUUUUAUAUGGUUGUUUUUCAUUUUCACUUGUUCCUUUGUUCUUUUCAUAAAAGGAUAUUUUGAUAAAAUGUUUAUAUACUUUAAAAAUCAAUAAAUGUAUUCGUAGAAAAAAA